AAAGAAGAAGAAGAAGAAGAAGCGAUCCCUCGGGUGGACUACAGUGGUGGAAUCAGGGAACAUGGCAGACGAGGAGGAAUCGGCUCCGGAGCCCGCCUCUGUCUCUCCCCCGGAGAGCCCUCUCACUGGCCGGCCUCACUCCGUCUUUUUCUCCGAGAGCGUCCAGCCGGCCGUCGGCAUGAUGAGCCAACUGUUAACCCAGCCGUCGUCCCUGAAGUUUGAUAAAAACAUUAAACAGGCCUUCUACAACACGGGGGCGAUGAUCUUUGUGGCUAUAUGCUGCGGAGCUUCUGUGCUGGUCUACUUCAUCCUGGAGGCCUUCCUCCGCCCGCUGCUCUGGGCAGUGCUCUGCGGGACCUUCCUGCACCCCUUCAAGUACUCCCUGGCUCGGCUCGGCCGCUCGUGGCUCAGUGGGCUGCAGGAAACCGGGACACCCAUCGUGGUGGGGACCCUGCUGAUCCCGGUGUGGUGUGUGAACUACGGGGUGGAGGCGAUGGGAAGGCUGGUGCUGGAGAGGCUCACGGUGCUGCUGGUGAUCGGGGCCGGGGCGCCGCUGGUCUACUUCCUCUACCUUUUCUGGAGUGUCGUCGGCAUGCAGGUGAUCCUCGGGCACAUCUGCGGGAUCAUCGGGGCCGCGCUGGACUAUUUCUACACUGCGUGGGUGUGCACUGUGGUGUUUGGCUACUUGUUGGUGGUUUGUUUCAAGUGGAGUCCCCGCACUGAGCACUACCUGAGGGCUUUGGCUCUUCCUGUCUGGGCCAUUUCCCUCUUCUACAUUGUGUCUCUGACCGGCUCGUGGAGAGUGCCCCUAUUCGUGGUUGUGGUUAUACUCAUCAUCGUGGGAUCCCAGGAGAAACCACCUGAUCCUGGCAGAGGAGAGCUGUCGGGGCAGGUGUUGUCUUUCGCUGCUAACACUAUCUACAUGGCAAUCUCCUGUAGCAACCUUCAGAUGAAACCUGAGCCAAGUGAAAACUCUGCUACAGGUGGUGUGCAGUCUGUAGGCCCCCUGACCUCCACGCCUGGGUUCCCUCGCGGCUUUCGUUCGUUACCAGCCGGCCUCUUCCAGAAAGAGAAAAGCCCCAAAAGAGCCAGUGAUAUCUACUUCAUCCUACUGGUCUGGGCCAUUGUACUGGUUCAGGUCUGGCUCAACCUCUGGAUUCUUCAACUGCUGCCUAUCCCUGUGGCUGUGUGGGUGCUGAAGAAGCUGGUGGUCCACUUUGGCCUGAAGGGCUUUGCAGAGCGGACUCUCAUCUCGUGGUGGGCGGUGAUGGAGAAGCUUGGACGUGAGCGAGAGGGGGCCCUGCUGCCUGGACCAAUCAAAGGCUUGGCUCAGUUCCUGCUGCGUAUCGACACUAAGCUCUGGCAUUGGCUUAACAAGCAGAUGAUCUUGUGGUUGGAGCGAUCUCUGGAUAAAAUCAUCAGCAUCUUCAUCAUCUUCCUCCUGGUCACAGGGACCCUGCUCAUGGCUCUACUGCUCACCGCUAUGGUGCACCAUGAAAGUGUUCACAUCAUCGACGUAACCAGUAACCUCAUCAACGAGACUGUGUCUAACCAUCCGGAAUGGGCCAAUUGGCUUCCAGAGGCUCGUGUGGUGCAGAAGGCUCUCAAUUCAGCUGCUACUAAUGUUUAUCAACACGGUAGAGAAUGGAUAACUCAAAAGCUCCAGAAGAUGUUGGGGGACAAGAUGAACAACACAGCUGUGAUUGAGAAACAGGUUUUGGAGCUCUGGGACCGAUUGUACCACUCCUGGUUUGUGAAGAACACGACCCACUCUGGACGGCACCGCGGACAGAAGAUGAUGGUUCAGAGAGGGAACAGCUGGCUCGGCGAAAUCCUUGACUGGAAGGACAUCGCCUCCUUUCUGCAGGAAAACAUUGAGACUCUGCUGUCUAUCCUGGAGUCUUUAUGGGUGGUAAUGAGUAGAAAUGUCGGCCUCCUCAUCUCCACCACAACAACUCUCCUCACCGUCUUGUUCCACAGCGGCACGGCUCUGCUCAACUUUGUCCUGAGUCUGGUGAUUUUCCUGACCACUCUCUUCUACCUGUUGAGCUCCAGUGGUGAAUACUACAAACCUGUUAAAUGGGUGCUCCGCCUGACCCCCCUCUCCCAGCCUGGACCCUCCUCAAAUAUCAUAGGCCAGUCUGUAGAAGAGGCCAUCAGAGGAGUGUUUGACGCCUCUCUGAAAAUGGCUGGCUUCUACGGCCUCUACACUUGGCUCACUCACACCAUGUUUGGGAUCAACAUAGUCUUCAUUCCUUCUGCUCUGGCUGCCAUCCUGGGCGCGGUACCGUUCUUGGGGACCUACUGGGCAGCACUGCCGGCAAUGUGUGACCUGUGGUUGGCGCAGGGCGAAGGUGUCAAGGCCCUGCUGCUGCUGAUCUGCCAUCUGCUCCCAACGUACUUUGUAGAUACAGCUAUCUACUCUGACAUAUCAGGGGGUGGACACCCGUAUCUGACAGGUCUGGCAGUGGCAGGCGGAGCCUACUAUCUAGGUCUGGAGGGCGCCAUCAUUGGGCCCAUCCUCCUCUGCAUCCUGGUGGUUGCAGCCAACAUCUACAGUGCCAUGCUGAUGAGCCCCAGCUCUGCAGCGCCGACACCGGUGCAUUCCAGCUGGCCGAUCAACCAAAUCAGGACCGCCACAGACUCCACCCCCACUAUCCUGAAAAAGAGCGGUGAGUGAGAGCGAGAGCGCGUGUCCUUGUGGAAUGUCACCCGGCUUCUUAUCGGCUGUUUCCUCAUGGGGGAAGCGCUCCCAUCCCUGAAGCCCCAUCCUCGCCACCCGGCUCUACAGCGGUCUGCCCCGACCGAGAAGAGAUGGCGGUGCAACGGCUGGUCACCCAUGAUGCUGUACGCUCACCGGAGCCGUUUCUCUGAGCAACAUGGCACCAGCCGCUCUGACUCAAGACCCUAAAAUGACAGAUGCAAGCGUUCAUCCUGAUCCCUAACAUGGACCAAUGAUAUUACAUUGGGCACUACGACUAUGAAUGACGGAGAUGUUGAUGCUAAGCACAAUAUCCCUCAGAACUCCAGUGCCUGAAUUGAUUUCAUAAUGUUUAGAGAUGCAUAACGUUACUGUGCGGUUUGUGGUGAAUCGUAACAUGAUCUAUUUUGUCUACAGGGCCCCUGAUUUCCACCCUGCACACCCUGGCUGUGUUUUAGGCUGCAGUAUGUGGUUGUUCAGUAUUUGUUUUCCUUACCUCUCUCCUUCAUGGUGGCUCGAGCUGCGUCUGUAGUGAAGGCUUGAGAUAGAAGUCCUCGCACCUGGCUCAAGAGAAGCAGUUAUUGACUGUUUUUUAGUUUAACUUAAUGUGUCAUUCACGUUCCAGUGAUAGGAAAAGGACCACCGUUACAUUUUUUUGCACAUAUACAUGCAACUGACCUUUAUAUUUUUAACAUGCUUAGCUGAUCCGUGAAGCAUGUUUACACUCAGAAUAACAUGAUAUAGACAUGUUUCACUCAGUAUUUCUGUGAGCACUUUUGAGUUUGGUGACUGUCACCCCAUCACGUGACUUCAUCAUAGUUUUGACCUCGCACACCGUUAUGUCAAAUGUCUGCAUAUUUUCCACUCACCUCAUCCACUCCGACACUAUUUAUUUUAACUACAGUCAGAGUACGUUUCUAAAGAAAGUAUGAAGUUGUUAACCUCACUUGAAUUGUUAAUAAACAAGCUGUACAGGUGGAUUGUGUAUAUAAUGCAACACAUUGAUCAUACACGGCUACUGUGUUAGCUCUCAGAGGGCUAUGAUGUGUCCUGGGUUGGAACAAGUGUUAAGAUUAGCAACGAUUUUCAUGUUUAACUAAUUUACUGUAGUUUUCACUCGGUACUGUUGCUAUUUAUGUUCACUUAACGGAUAUUCACUGACACAAUAAACAAUAAUUUAAACAAUAGUU